GACUGUAGACAGGAGUGAGAGGAGGAGAUUACAGAAUCGAGCCAAAAAAAAAAUCGAAGGAAUUAAUCUUGUGAAUUAUUUGCACUGAAGAUUUUGUUCUCUCUCUCUCUCUCUUUCCCCCCCCCCCCCCCUCUCUCUUCCUCCUUUUAUUUUCACACACCCUCUGCAUUCCCUGUUGAUUUUGUUUGGAUUUUUUUUGUUGGGUUUGUUGCCGCUGUUGGGAAGAUGUCUGAGCUGGUCUGCGAGCUGCUGGGAGAGCGGCUGAUGGACCGGGAUCAGGCCGAGGUGGAGAGCUCUCCGCUGGGCUGUGACGGCCGCCUAGUCGCGCUGUACUUCGGCUGCAGCUGGAGCGCCUCUUGCAAGGAAUUCACCGCGGCGCUCGCCGAUUUCUACAGCCGCUUCAAGCAAGGGGAGAACGGCGACAAGCUGGAGGUGGUGUUCAUCAGCUCCGACGAAGAGUACAAACCCUGGCAGGAGUUCGUCGGCCAGAUGCCUUGGCUCAUGCUGCCUUUGCAGGACAUGGAGAGGAAGUGCCCCCCUUGCCGAAGCCUCACCCGGGUUCUCGUGGAGACGUAUCGAAAAAUCAAAGAGAUGGGACAGAAGUUUGAGAUUGUUUUUGUCAGCGCUGACAGGUCAGAAGAAUCCUUUAAACAGUAUUUUAACGAGAUGCCUUGGUUAGCUGUACCAUACACUGAUGAAGCCAGGAGGUCACGGCUCAACUGGAAUUUUAGCAUACAAGGCAUCCCGACUCUCCUUAUCCUGGACCAGGAGGGAAAGAUAGUCACGCGCCAGGGGAGGCCAGCGGUGCUCAAUGACAUAGAUUGCAAAGAAUUUCCGUGGCACCCAAAACCAGUAUUAGAGCUGACAGAGUCGAACGCCUUGCAGCUGAACGAGAGGCCAAGCCUUGUGCUGUUUGUAGAUUCUGAAGAAGAGGAAUUUGAACCAGCGAAGCAACUGAUUCAACCAAUCGCAGAAAAGAUUUUCUCAGAACAUAAAGCAAAGGAUGAGGAUCCACCGCUGCUGUUCUUCGUUGCAGGAGAGGACGACAUGACGGAAUCACUACGGGAUUUUACAAACCUUCCAGAUUCUGCUCCGCUCCUCACCAUUCUGGACAUGUCGCAGAGAGCCAAGUACGUGAAAGACGUAGAGGAGAUCACGCCCGCAAUCGUGGAAGAGUUUGUACAGGCAUUCCUGACAGAGAAACUAAAACCCGAGCCCAUCUGAAGUUGCAUUUGCCGAAAGAAUAUUUAACACCCUCAGCUGAUCUCUGUCUGAAGGUUCUAUUUAAAAACAAAAAAAAUUCAAAAAAAAGGUCUUUCUAGCUAUUGAAUUUCAGUUCGUUCUAACAUUGCGGUCAUGAGCACAUCUUUGGAGGAGACUUGUCAGCGUCUCCUUUCUCUGCUUUAGCUGGCCGGGUAGGAUGACCCUGUUACAAUGAAUCCAGUUGGCAGCUUGCUCCAAUGCAAGCUCUGGCAGACCGUUAACAUUUCUGACUUACCAGCCUAAAUCCCACCUGGGCCUGGAAGCCCUUCAAAGCCUGAGGGCUUUCCACAUUUGAAGUAGGCUCCCAUUUCUUCACCGACAGCCUCAUCGAGACUAGGCUGGCUGUUGACCACACUGAUGGCUGUUCGAAUCCCAACUCCCCCCCACCCCGCCAGCCCACCUCCUCCACCGACACACUACGUCCAUGUACUUCUGAGGAAUUUCCCAUUGAUCUAUUUACAUCCCACACCCCUUUUAAUAUCUUCCAUUUCUAAAAAAUAAUGUAAUCCGGUCCUGUUACGAUGUUUUAAAUUAUUGCAAGAUAAGUCUAAUAAACCUGGCAGCAGUUGCAUUGAAAACA